UUGAAGCCCAUUGGCUGGCGGUGGCGCGCGGAAGUGGCGGCGGGCCUCCGCGCAAGCGCACUGCACGGGGAGACGAGAACGGGCGGAGGGCCGAGCGUGGAAGGGGCAGGCCGGGCCGGGCCAGGCGCGACGGAUGGAGGCGCGCGGGGAGCCGCCAGCGGAUAGGAUGAGCCAGGGCGACUCAAACCCAGCCGCAAUCCCGCAUGCAGCUGAAGAUGUUCAGGGUGACGACAGGUGGAUGUCCCAGCAUAACCGGUUUGUUUUGGACUGCAAGGACAAGGAGCCAGAUGUGCUUUUUGUUGGAGACUCCAUGGUACAGCUGCUGCAACAGUAUGAGAUAUGGCGAAAGCUAUUUUCUCCCCUGCACGCAUUGAAUUUUGGGAUUGGAGGGGACACAACGGCGCAUGUUUUGUGGAGACUGAAGAAUGGUGAACUGGAAAAUAUUAAGCCCAAGGUCAUUGUUAUUUGGGUUGGAACAAAUAACCAUGAAAACACAGCUGAGGAAGUGGUUGGGGGAGUAGAAGCCAUUGUGAGGCUGAUAAACAUGCGGCAGCCACAGGCCAAGAUUGUUGUGAUGGGCUUGUUACCACGUGGGGAGAAGCCGAACCCGCUGCGGCAGAAGAACAGCCUGGUGAACCAGCUCCUGAAGGCCUCAUUGCCCAAACUCUCCCAUGUUCAGUUGUUGGAUGUGGAUGGGGGCUUUGUGCAUUCAGACGGCACCAUCUCCUGCCACGACAUGUUUGAUUUUCUGCAUCUAACAGGCACUGGCUAUGCCAAGGUCUGCAAGCCCCUCCAUGAACUGAUCAUGCAGCUGCUGGAGGAGACCCCAGAAGAGAAGCAGGCGACUCUGGCCUGAGCAGCCGGGCCGGGCAGCCUUCCUGGCACCUCAGCUCAUCAGCGCAGUUCUUUCCCUGGCACUACAGAACCCUCCUGACUCAAAGCACUUUCCACUGUUGAAUGUUACUGGGUGUUGUGUUUCACGUUGGAAGGGGGAAGCUGGUGCAAUGGCACCUGUCUCGGCCAAGUAAGUCACUGGGUGAAAUUGACCACAGAAGGAUUUUACUUUUCAAUUGUUUCUGGUUUACAGUGCGAACGAACAUCCUUGUCCCCUGUCCGUUCCUCCUGCUCCUUGCCGGUUUUCCCCCUUGAUGUGAGGGCAGGCAUCUUUUAACGGCCCUUAAGACUUCCUAUGUCUUAGCCCACUAUUUACGCUCACAUUCCACUCCCUGAACCCAAAGCAGCAUUUUUUUAAAAAGCUGGUAUAACUCAGACUUUCUGGGGUUGGCUUUUUGUUUCAAGUAAUGUAGCUGCUUUCUGGCUUUAACAGGAGCAACAGAAAACUAAACCUCAGUGACAAUUAAUCUCUUCUGACCCUUUCAGGUGAGAAGUGUUCAGUGAGGGAGCUCCCCUGAAGGAACCCUAGCCACUUCGGUUCCUAAUGGUUUUUUCCCUUCUUUCCUGGGGGGCGUGGGGGGCAGGCAAGGCUAUCUAGGUGAGCAUUCCUGGCAAAGGUGGUUCCUUUUCUGUGCUUUGGUACAACAUUCCCAGCAUUUGAAAGCCCUCCCGCCAGUAGAUAUAAGGCCAGGUUGAAUGACAGUCAUCCCCCCCCCCCCCAACUCAGCUGUAAAACUGACAUUUCUUUUCGCUGUGAAGUCAACUGCUGCUGGAUGCUGUGUGGAGCUGCGUGUGUUCAUCGUUUUCACUUUUUUAAAAAAGAAAAGAAAAAUGGCAAAAAGCAAAUGACUGUUACUUUUUUUCUCCAGAGAUAAUAAUCCAGAGUCCUUCCCCUUCUUACCAAGCCUGAAAGAGGUGGGAGGUUUACGUAGAUUUUCUGUUGUUGUUGUUGUGUCUGCCUGUCUUGUACGAGCCGUUUAUUCAAGGCAGCGAGGCUUCUCCUGGGGGGACCAAGUCAUGCGGCCUCCGUUCCCUCUCCCCACCCCCCACCAAGGCUGCCCCUCCAGCAAAGGGACCUGUGGGGAUAGCAGCCAACUUCUAGGAACCUGCCAGGCGGAGAAUGUUUUGGGAGAGGGAGGCUAGCAAGGAUAUGAAGCCUUAAUUAACGAAUUUUCCCUGCAGAAAAGAGCAUCUUUCAGAUCUGAGUUUGUCUUUGAAGCACCUGUUGGGAAGCAAAGCUGCUUCCUUGAGGGCUGACUUUUACCUGGCCCAGCAGUUCAGCAGCAUCAGCAGUGGAGUCUCUGCCCAGCCCCCACGCCUAGUGAAGGAAGGCUUUCUGCUUCUGAUUUCCAUGGCUGCUGCUGCUGCUGUUAUAAAACCGCUUCCUCUGCAUACUGGAGGGCUCCGUGCGUGAUUGUACUCUCUGACCCCUGUCCUUGCUUAAUGGCCUCCAAGUAGAUGCCUUCCUCGUGUCCGGUUCCCGAAUCCCCUCUUGCAUUGCAGCCUUCCUCCGGCAGGAGAAUCCCAAAAGUACACCAGGCAUCCUGGAAGCAAAUCUUGCAGAACAUCUUGAUGGGGGAGGGCAGAGCUGGCCAAAGCCUUAGAGCGCGGGAUUUCGGGAGCCGGGGAAGGUGGCUCCUGCUGCUUAUACAGUAGAGACUUUGAGGGAAAAGGGGCACAUGACUGAUUGAAAGCUCUAGGGUGCAGGGCUGGCUGCCCGUGUGGCAGGGAUGCUCGGAAAGGAAGAGUUCAGUGGGCCCCGGAGUUUCAGGUUCUUGUCACAGUGCCUGGCUCUGAAGUGAGCCCAGCCGAGUCGCGCUCUGCCAUCCCCCCGUGUGGCGUCAGGGCCCCUCUCCACGUUCUCUCAUGGAGGCCCUCUUCCCCUCAGCGUGGCUGGCAGAUGCAGCACCCAUCUCUGGCCACUUACACAAGCGGGCUCUCUUGAGCACUGGUGCCAGUCCUCUGGGCUGCACUGGGGGCCCUCGGGGGUCUUGAUCCUGGGAUGUGCUGGGAACUUGUUCUGUCUGCUUUCCUGCCACCACCCGCUCCUGAAGCUGCGCCCCCGCCCCUCCGCAUUUUGAGCUUUUACGCUGAUCCUUUCUUUUGUCUUCUUGUUGUUUCUGUCGUGUGCUGCAGCCCAGAAUCUUGUUUGUCCUGUGGUGUAGGAGCAUUGCCAAUUUUAUAUUUAUCGCAGCAAAGAAAAGUGUGAAACAAAGGGUGAAGAUUGUUGUGUUGAUCUUGUAACACAAACAUGGCUGUAAUUGGGGGCCCAUGGAGAGAGCUGUGCCGGCCAGCAACUUGCUUGCUUCUGAAUGUGGGGAGUGAGGGAACUCCUCCUCGGUUGUUGGGAGGGGGUUGUCUCUUCCCUCCUCCUGGGUCUUAGCUGACUGACCCCUCCGCUCCCCUGCUAUGACAACAAUGAUUCUGCUUUGGCAAAAUGGCAUGGAUGACUGGUAGCGUGUCCUCUUUAGUGCAUAUUUCAAUAUAAAUGUAUGUUUCACAAGUGA